GUAUAAUUAUUUUUAUUUGUCUCAUCUGCCUUUCUUUCUCUCAUCACUUUCCAAGAAAUUCUCCCUUCCCCUCUUUACUUCUUCAAUUGGGAUAGUGACAGGGAGUCAGAGACUCAGAGGGACAGGCAGACUGCAGACAGACAGCUCACAGUCGGACAGGCCCGCCAGGCCGCCAUGGCCCAGAGAGCAGAGACAUUUCUGUCGGUAAAUCGGGAUGCACUUCACUUACCAAUACCGUGGUGAAUCGGUAAUUGGCAUAUCGGUUGGAUAUGGGUAGCGGCAGGGGGCGGCUUUUUAAGGAGUUCCGGUAAUACAGAUACCGGUAAAACGGUAAACGGUAAACCGGUUACCCUACCGUUUAGCAGCCCAUAACGUGAUUACGUGCAAACCUGAAAUUACUAAUUAAUAAAAUUGAUAACACUUAAUUAAUAUUUUCAAUUACUUUGUCCACUUCCACCUAUUAUUAAUAUUACUAAUACGUCCUAAAUAAUUGAUAAUGGAAACUAAAAGCAACAGAGGGUUGCUGGACGACGGGAGCGACUGAGAAGAUUGGGGACUGUUGGCCGACAGUAGCGACGAUGACCAAAGCUGGAGUACGAUGACCCAAAGAAGACAGCAGACUGGGACUGGGAGACGUUGUCGCUGACUGGUCGGCGAUGAGAAACGACGACCGCCAAUCCAUGGUUACAAUCGUCGGCGUUGCCUCAAUGAUGAUCGUCGCCUGGCGUUUGUGAUGGAACGCCGGCGCGAAGGAAGAGAGUGGAUGGAAUUCGAAAAGUCGAAGAUGGGAGAUUGUUGGGAGGAAGACGACGCUGAAAAUAAGAAAACCUAACCUGCGACUUUAUUUGUUUUAGGGUUCAAGUUUAGUUUUCUGUAAUUAAUUAUAGAGUUAGGUUAAAUUUUAAAUAAGUAAAAUACAUAAUUUACCUCAAUACCCUUAACUACUUACUAACUAAUAACUCUUAUUAACCACCUAAUUUACUAACAGCCAAUAGAAUUAGCUUAAGUACGUGCUUAAACUUUUGGGCUUAAGCACAUGAACCUAAGCCUAAUACGACUAUAUAUUUGUUAUUAUUAAGAAAUUACAAUAUUUGUCAGAAAAGUGAUAGAUAUAACUGUACAAUUGUACUUUGUUAAUAUUACAAUAAUAUUAAAUUUGUCAUUGUAGUAGGUCAGGUUUAAUAUUACUCUUUUAGUUAUUACCCUUUAGUGAUUGGGAUACAAAUUAUUAUCGUUGGAGGAUUCGGAUUCGGCCCAUAGUAGUGCUGGCCAAGUAAACAGUUACGUGCCGAGUCAUAUUAGUUCAGAGUGUUGGGUCAUACUUUGAAAUUCAGGUUUACUACUGUGGAAUUCUCGUCCGUUAAAUACAAUUGAUUAAUUCUCUAAUCCUUCCGCCGGAGCAGCUUCACCGUUCGUCUUGAGAUGGCAACUAGAAUUCUCGUCCGGGCUAGGCAGCCUCUCCUCCUCCAACUGAAGUCUCCUCAGGGUUUAUGCACGACGUCAAGGUUGCUGGUGGACAUUAGUAGGUCGUCAAGUCACCGGAGGUUUAGUGUGUUCAAUGAUGUUAAAGAAGAAGUUAAAAGAAUGAAGCAGACAACUGUGAAGCUGUGCAAGCGUGCUUAUGGCUUCCGGUCAGAGACGGAAGCAACUGCUGAAAAGCUUGCCACGAGUGUCCAGGAGAAGAUUUCUGCUGCUAUGGAGGAGGUGAAAGCAACUUCGACGAUGGGGAAGCCAGUGUCUGCUGAGUCAACGGGCAACUUGUCCGAAAACAUCAAAGCAAACACUAAGGAGGCAGAAGCAUUGUUUGCAAAAUUCAAGUCAAGAAUCCCUGGCUUUUCUUCAGCCUUCCAAAGAAUGGAAGAGGCAAAGCUCAAUGAGAUAAUGAAGGCGGCCUAUGACAUUGCGAAGGAAGAGUUAAAUGACACUAUGAAAGAUGGAUCGAAUAAUGGUGAUCGAAUUGCUCCAAAGCACGUCGAACUCUCCCCUUCUAAAGGAGAAACGAGCACAAACAUGACUGAUGUUGCUCCAUUGUCGAAUCAAAAGCUUGCAGAAGACAUGGAGGAAAGGUCGGUGACUGCAAGUGACAAUCCCAUUGUUGACAAGAUUCAAGAAGUUGGUGCUACCAAAACAGGUGUUGCUGCAGCACCUACCAAGGGAAGACGUCGAUUCUUGAAUUAUAAGGUCCUUUUAUGGUGCCUCUUCAUAUCCAUUCUCGUAUAUAUUUCCUACUUGGUGUUGGAGGCAAUCGUAACGCUGGUCGUCAUGUCCAUCCUUGUGACGAUGAUAAUGUUCGUGCUUUUCGUACCUAUCGCGAUGCUAGGUGGUGGUGGGAGUGAGUGUGAGUUCGAGUUUUGACUCUGUUGUUACCGAUGAAGUACGCAUCUUGGUUCACUCAUGAUAUUUUUGAUUAUUUGAUCUGUAUGUAACAAAGAAGUUGAAAGGAGGAUGAAACCCUAGAAGACUUACUUUCAUUCUCAUUGAGCAAAGGACUAUAUAGUCUGGUACAUCAGAAGAAGACAAUGAAGAACAGCCUACAUCUCGCUGUUCUGUCUUGCUUGAAAGGGGAACAAGUACAAACUUGGCAGAAAAGAAAACAAAUGACAGUGAUAAAUGAAACGCAGCAGUUUGG